AUGGACGAAAUUACUAGGAAACGGCCUCUUUUGUUACGCUUCGCCCCGCGACCCCGCUCAUCCCAACUAACCCCUCCCGUCCGCUUGCUCGGGCCCAGUGCAGCAGCAGUUCGGGAAGUGUACAUAGACCGGGUGUGGCUGCUGAUCGCACCGCUUGCCUCGAUCGCCGUUUACGCCGAGCCGUACGCCCUCGACCGCGCGCCCUUCGUCAAUAACUCGCGCUCCUUGUCGCCCACAUUCCGUUCUUCUGUGUUAAGGAGCCAGCGGACCAUCCGCCGGGCGUAG